GACUCUGACAGAGAGGAGAGACCCUCUCUUCUGUUUCUGGAUCUCUCCUUCCUGAACGACUUGAGAAACUUCUAGAGGUUCCAACCUCAGCUUUAAGACCAGGAGAGACCAGCAGGUCUUUGAAGGAACAUAUCAGACCCACUUACCUUAUAGAGAAGAACCUAACAGGCUGACAUGGCUGAGCUGUGCUACAACAAAGGCUGCGGACUCAAAUAUGACGCUGACAAGAACAAUGACGACUCGUGCGUCUUCCAUCCAGGUGUCCCCAUCUUCCAUGACGCCUUGAAGGGAUGGUCAUGCUGUAGGAAAAGGACGACAGACUUCUCAGAGUUUCUCUCCAUCAAGGGCUGCACCCGCGGGCGCCAUAGCAACGAGAAGCCUCAGGAGCCUCUGAGGCCGGAGGUGACAUCCGAUAAGACCGACGGCAAACACACCAACGGCCCCGAGAUCAUCUACCAGGGACCCAAAUCUGCAGAGACGCUGCAGAAAGAGAGACCCAGUUCAGAAGAGCCAAAGACCAAGCUGCCUCACAAAGUGUCCGCCUCGCUGUCUCAGGCUCUGGAGAAGAUGGACAUCAGCAAGAGAGUGGAGAGAGAGAAGAAAGAAAGUGAGGCGGUGAUGCACGGGACGCGCUGCAAGAACGCAGGAUGUAAAACAAUGUAUCAGGGCCCGGAGACGGACACGGAGAUCUGCACCCACCACCCCGGAGCGCCCGUCUUCCACGAGGGAUAUAAGUACUGGAGCUGCUGCUGCAUAAAGACGAUAGAUUUCAACGCUUUCCUCGACCAGAAGGGCUGCACCACGGGGAAGCACUGCUGGGUGCCAAAGAAGGACAAGAAGAAGGUGGCAUGUCGACAUGACUGGCAUCAGACAGGAAACAAUGUCGUCGUAACCAUUUACGCCAAGAACGCUCACCCACAGUUAACCUGCAUCGAGGCUAACAGGACCGUGCUCACAUGUCAGAUUCAGUUUGAGGACAACAAGAUUUUCAAGAGAGAUUUUCACUUCUGGGGGGUGGUCGAUGUGAAGCAGAGCUCGGUGAACAUGGUUGCAUCCAAAGUGGAGAUCAUCCUCCGCAAAGCCGACAAAGUGGCCUGGGGCAAACUGGAGGACCCCAAAUACAAAGCUGAACCGGAGCCCGAAAAAGAAAUCGUAACCACAGAAUAUUACCACCCGGACCGAGACAUCGAUGACAAUGACAUCAGCGACUCGGACGAGGAGUGGGCCUACGAUUUGCCAGAAAAGAAAGCGCAGGAAGAAAAAGCGGAGAAGAAGAAGAAAGAUGAGGAGAUGGAGAAUCAAAGGAGGAAGGAGGUGGAGAAGGAGAUGAGGAGGGCAGCGGAGGAGAGGAGGAGGGCGGAGGAGGAGAGGCAGAAGCUGGAGGAGCAGAGGAGGCUGGAGGAUGAGGGAGGAGAUUACGAAGGCAUGCCAGAGUUAGAGUAAAAAGAUACAAAAGAUCAGAAUUGGUAGAAAUAAGAGCAAAUUAAAGGCAGGGUUGGUCAUUUCCUCCAGAUUCACUUUUUAAGAGUUUGGUUGAAAUUAUUUUUAGGUCCUGACAGAAAUUAAUAACUCAGGUUCUCUGAAAAAGGAAAGAAGAAAAUCCGUCAUCUGUAGCAGUUGUAAGUCUGUAAAAACUUUGACCAAUGUCUGCCACGAGGUACCAAUCUGAUGAACCAAUCAGGCGCCUCCCUGUCUCCCUGCUCGCUCUCUACAUCUUGUGUGCUCUAGCCCACUCAAAUCUGAUGACGGAGUUUAUAAUGUGAGUUUAUUACCGCUGAAUGAGACAUGAAACGACGUAGUUUCUACACAAUUUAAGCGAUGAGCUGAAGUCCGCUUGUGGAGCAUGUAAGUGAGGGGGCGUGGCUUUAGAGGGAGCACAGAGGGGAGGGGGACGGGUGCAGACGGAGCACUGAGGGAAUGCUACUUUCAAAAUCAUGCUAGUUUUGGAAAAUGACCAACCCUGCUUUUAAAAUAGAUUUUUACAAUGAGGCAAUUUAAAAAAAAAAAAAUUCUGGAAUCAUUGGGAGUCACUUUUAUGUUUUUGGCUGCAAAUCUAAGAUGACGUCAGAAUUCCUUCUGAAGAAAUGUAAGGUUUGAUUCUCUUAAAGCAAUUGGUCGACAAACACUGGGUGCUUUGUUUUUUAUUUAAAGCUUGAAAAUUGUGAGAUUUUUCCUAGAAAAAGGAAGAUUUACUGGAUGAAACUUCAAUAAAAGGCUUCAUCGUUCCUGUU